AUGAGCAAUUCGACCAAGACGAAGAGCGACGGAGAAUGGAGGGCCAUUCUGUCGCCAGAUCAGUUCCGUAUCCUACGCCAGAAGGGGACGGAACCUGCGGGGACAGGAAGGUACGAGAACUUCAAGGGUCAGGGGGUAUACACCUGUGUGGGGUGCGGUACCCCACUCUACACCAGCGCGACAAAGUUCGCGAGUGGCUGUGGAUGGCCUGCAUUCUUCGAUGCUAUUCCAGGAGCAGUCAGUCGCCAUGAAGAUCGCUCAUUUGGCAUGUCGCGUACCGAGAUUACAUGCACGGCCUGUGGAGGACAUCUUGGCCAUGUCUUCAAAGGGGAAGGUUUCGACACUCCCACUGACGAACGGCACUGUGUGAACUCGGUCUCGCUCAAUUUCGUUGAUGAUGACAAGAAGCCGUAA